UAUGAUUAUACUUAAACAUAUAAGGCAACAGCUGAACUUUUUAUGCCGUGCAAUCACAGAUAAAUGCAGAGUAAUGUGUCUGUUCCAGACAGUCACAUUCACAGGAAUACUCGCACGUCUUAAACAUCAUCGACACGCUCAUCUCACAUGCUAAUCCAAACAUAUUUAGACAGAUUAUCACCUACUCAGAUUAUCAAAGGAGGGUGAAGGGUCACUUUCUCCAGUCAAUCCACACAUUCUCUCACACGAGGAGGAAUUGAUUUAAAAGACCGACUCAAGUGGUUCUGGAUUGGAUCAUUUUUCUGAAGCAUGUCUCAGAGGAGUAAAACUUCUUCAAAAGAAAGCUCCUCGGGUCCUACAUCCACAUCAGAUGCUCAUCCUCCACGCUCUGCUCUUCGAAGCUCCUCCAAAGACUCGAAAAACUCAGGUCACAGGGAUUCAUCUGGCAGUCAAGGACGGCGCGGCAGUAGAUCUUUCAGCCAGAACUCAGCUAUCGCUGCAGCAUACACACAGUACCUUAAUGCUCUCUUUGGACAGGACAGAGAUUUACUGCCAGAGGAACUAGAUGAGCUGCAUGUAGCAUUUAAAGAGUUUGACUAUGACCAGGAUGGGUAUUUGCACUACAAAGAUGUUGCAGACUGUAUGAGAACCAUGGGAUACAUGCCAACAGAGAUGGAACUGAUUGAGAUCAUUCAGCAGAUAAAAAUGAAAUGGGGAGGUCAUGUGGACUUUGAUGAUUUCUGUGAAUUAAUGGGGCCCAGGAUGCUGGCUGAAACCGCUCAUAUGGUGGGUCUAAGAGAGCUGCACUGCGCUUUCAAACAGUUUGACUGUGACGGUGAUGGACGGAUCACCUUUGAGGAGCUGAAGGAGUCCACAAAGACGCUACUCGGGGAGAAACUGAAGAAGGGAGAACUGGAAGAAAUUCUGACAGACAUCGAUCUCAACGGAGAUGGGAACGUGGACUUUGAUGAGUUUGUCAUGAUGCUGUCUCUCCGAUAGCUGGAUGUUUGAUGUUUUUUCCUGUCCUACCUGAGCGCUCAAUCA